AUGGCUUUCCGGAAGGUGCUCACCUGUUUGCAGUUACAGGAACUGGGGCGCGUGGCGGAGAGAGGGCCGGGCCCCCGCCGUCCCUACCUCCUUCUGCCUCUUUCCCCCGCAGGCCCCAGCCGCCCGUGUGACGUCACAGUGAGCCGUGAAGCCACAGGUUCCCCGCCGCUCCUCCCCCCGAGGCAGCGGCGGGGAUUCAAAGACCGCGCUGGAAGCGGAGGGGCAAGCAGCAGCUACCAGCCCACUCCCCGAUUCGGGGCAGGCACUGGAGUCAGCAUGGGGGUGACAGGUGCGAGAAGGAGGGGCGCCGAGGCAAGGGCAAGGGGAAUGGGUACCGAGGGCUCUAGCCGGGGCCAGGACCGCAGAGACGUCCCCCGAGCAUGUGCUGAGCGCACGUCUGCGUUCACUUCAGGGGUAACUUGCCAGUACCCCCCUGACUUCUCCUACGAGGAGGAACUCAAGACCAAGUCCUUUGGGAGCUAUAACGCUCUUAGCCAGCAAGGGUCGGAUUUCAGGAGGGUCGCAGAGGAGGAGUUGGAGGAGGAGUUGGAGGAGGACCUGCCUUCCGCCCACCCCGAGCGCACCUGCUCCCUCCCUUUCAGGCUGUCGGGCCCGCCGAGGGGUCCCCGUGAUGACUUUCACGACCCCGACCCCCCGCCUGAACCUGGGGAAGACGAGAUCGAGCUGUUAGAUGACACCCUUGACCUGGAAGCCGAGCAGGACCUGGAGUCUGAGUCCGAGUUGGAGUCCGAACUGGAACCAGAACCUCAGCUGCUCCCAGAAUCGGAGUCCGAGCUAGAAGACGAAGUCCCUGUCCCAGUCAGCGUCUUCGUUCAAACCUCCAAUCUGGCAUUUAGCCUGACCCCGAGGAAGAUGCCCCCGGGACCCAGAGUGAAUGUCCAGAUCCAGACGGCUGUUGGGCCCAAAGGGGCAUUGGAGUUAAGUAUUUCCCACGAGCCCCGGAGCCCGGAGCCCUUACCGGUGAAGGAUGGUCUGCACCAUACAUUCCGGUCAGUCUUUGUGCAAACCUCCAGGCACCUGUUCCGGAUAGACAAGCUGAUACAGGCGUCUGACCAUCGCCUCAAGCAGCCAUUAGGGAUAGGGUGCCACCCAUUCCCAAUGCGAGACUGGCCUUUCCAGAAAUCUUUUGGACGAACCUCCAAGGAAAGCCUGCUCUCUGGCAACAAAUUGUCCAAGAUGUUCAUGGAGGACGUUAGAAUCCAAACCUCUCACCCAAGCCUGGGCAUUGAAGGUUUCCCACCACAGACCCCCAUUCAAGUAUUACUACCAGAAAGGUCGCCCUCAGAAAUCCAGUUGCUACCUUCCCGAAGCUUGUCUGCUAAAUUCUCGGAGCCACUGGACUUCAGAAUACUAGACUUUCGUCCAACCUCUGCCAGCCUUCCCCCAGCGCUGGUUUCUAGUACUGCGACCUCUUGCAAUUCCUCUUCCACAGAGCUGAUACUAGAUUCCAAAGCUCUGAUUUCCUGCAAGUCUUCCACAGGGCUGAGAAUGAGCUCCAGGUCACCCAUGACCCAAGAAUCGACCACGGACCUUUCCAUAGCAACUGAGCAGCCAGUCUCACCUUUGCCCCUCCUGAAGCCACCAGAAGCAGGGGAGCCUCAGAAGUCCAUCAGCCAGGAAUUUGCCCCGAAGCCAGGCUAUGCUCUGAACAUGACCAAGGCAGCCUCAGAAAGAGCAUCCAUGGAAGGGGAAGUUAACCCUCUCCACUCUCCAUCUUUAGCUCCAGUGUCAUCGGGACCUUGGAAAGAGUGGUCAUCAGCAGAGCACCAGGAGAUCCACAGUGAUACAGAAAUUGUACAGGUGAAGAAAGAACUUUUGGCCUCUUGCACUACCCAACAGGCUCAGGCAAGGCCUUAUGGAGGAGACAAGCCCCAGAGGAGACGAGACCUCUCUAGCCUCUUUUCACCAGUGGACAUCCCUGCCGAGUAUGAGCAUCCUCUGACCGCUAGGCAGGUGGCAGCCUUCCAGGAUGUCUUCCAACUGUUUAAACCGGGCUCCCAGGGCAAGCUGGACAUGAGGAGCAUGAAGGGGGCACUACCGACUGUUGGCAUCCAGCUGAGCCCCCAGGAAGUGUGUGAGGCCCUGCGGCGGGCUGACCUGGAUGGUGAUGGAGCUGUUGACUUUGAGGACUUCCUUGGGAUCCUGACAGACAAUCAUCGCUUUGCCCAAUGCAUGGAUGUCCCAGGUCCCUAUUCUCAGGUCCCCAACCUGCCCUCUCGGACACGGUCGACCGAAAGGAGGAUUCGCAGCAGAGGUCCCCGACUCUCCAACCUGGCCAGGCCCUGCGACAAACCCAAGCCGCCUCAGCGAGAGGCACCUCGGCCGCAGGCCCCGGAUAAAAAGCCCAUAGGUCAACGACCACAGUCAGAAGAGGGGACUGCAGAGCUGAGACCAGCUCCCUCCCCACCCACCCUGGUCCAGAGCCAACUCCCUUCCCCACCCCCUCCUACCCCACAGAGUCAUUCUUUACCAAAUGUUUACCAAUAA